AUGAGCGCCGACAAUGCCCCUCCACAUGAAAUUGAUGACAGUAUCAUUGAGCCGGAUGUGCUGGCGGGACAGGACUUCGAUGACAAUGACUCCACUUAUCCCGACUCGCUGGACGAUGCUAGCUAUACUUCCAGUCUCGAAUCGAGUGUUAUGAACUAUAAGUAUAACGGUCGCAGAUAUCAUUCCUACCAUGAGGGUGAAUAUUUUUUACCCAAUGACGAGCAAGAGCAAGAUCGCCUCGAUUUGAGCCAUCACAUCUAUAGCAUGCUCCUGAAGGGAGAAUUGCACCGGGCGCCUGUCCAAAACCCGGCUCGCGUCCUGGAUCUGGGCACGGGCACGGGGAUCUGGGCACUAGACUUUGCGGAUGCGAAUACGGGAUCCGAAGUUAUCGGCAACGACCUCAGUCCUAUUCAACCAUCAUGGGUCCCCCCCAACUGCCGCUUCGAGGUUGACGACUUCGAACAGCCCUGGUCCUACAGCAGACCGUUCGACUACAUCCACGGCCGCGAGCUCGAGGGCUGCAUCCGCGACGUCGACCGGCUGAUGGCGCAGGCGCUCGAGAACCUGCGGCCGCGCGGGUACUUCGAGAUCGCCUCGAUGGAGGUCAACACGUACUCGGACGACGGGACGCACCAGAAGGCGACGACGCUGCUGGAGGGGAUCAAGUUCAUGCACGACGCGGCGCGGAAGCACGGCAAGGACUUGCAGAGCGUGCUCGGGUGGAAGGAGAAGAUGGAGAAGGCGGGGUUCGUGAACGUGCGGGAGGAAAUUUACAAGCUCCCCCAGGGCCCCUGGGCCAAGGAUCCCAAGAUGAAGGACCUGGGCAAAUUCCACCAGGUCAACAUGCUGGAGGCCAUGGGCCCUUACUGCUACGCGCUGUUCACGCGCGUCCUGGGCUGGCAGCAGCCCGAGAUCGAGGUGUUCGUGGCCGGGAUCAAGAACGAGCUGCGCGACCCCAGCAUCCACCUCUACACCAAGGUCCAUGUCGUGUAUGGGCAGAAGCCGGAAUGA